AUGGGCAGUGGCGGCGUGGCUACGGCUGCGGCGGCAGCGCUUGGGGCGGUGGCUCUAGCCGUGGCUAUGGCGGGGCGAUCGGCUUCGGCGGCAGAGACAACAUCAUCAUCGGCACAGACAACAUCAUCGGCGGCAGCGACAACGUCAGACUGUACCUCGAUGGAUCUGGUGAAUCACAACAUCACCGACUACAUCCGCUGGAGCAACAUGAGCGACAGAUUAUACUUGGAAAAUGGAGCCUGUGUAACCUUGACCGAUAUCUACGAGUCCAGAUUGGACGACACGGGGAACAAGGGUCCGCUCUACCCUUUCGACGAGACCACUUUGGACAUUUCUGACACUGUCACGGGCUCCUGGUACCUGGAGUCCACCCUCUACAUUACGGAGGGCUCGAGGCUUGUGGUGCAGGGGUUGAGCAAGGGCGGGGACUGCGACCACCUCCUGCUGGCCUCGUCUCCAGAGAAGUUCAUCAACUUACGGGCGCACGGCGGCGAGCUCAUGCUCGACGGCACACACGUGGAAUCGUGGGACUUGGCGGCAGGGACCGUCGACGAGAACAACGAGGACGGCCGAAGCUACCUGAGCGCGAUUAGCGAGGUCAUCACGGACCCAGCGGAAACCUGCGACGGCACGGCGAAGAACGACAUGGGGGAGGCUAGGAUGGACAUCAUCGACUCGGAAGUCAACCACCUCGGGUGGUAUGACUCUGAGAGCUACGGCAUCGCCUACAAGGUCCGGGGCUUCUGCAAGGACCUCUCCAACCCGGAGCUGUUCGACUCUGUGUCCGUGACCGGAGACAUCCUCGGCUCCGACAUCCACGACAACUACUUCGGCCACUACUCCUACGGGCACCAGGGGGGCAACUGGAGCCACAACAAGAUGCACCACAACAUCGGCUACGGUUUCGACCCGCACGACGACUCUGACUACAUCACCAUCCACAACAACGAGGUCUACAACAACGGCUGGCACGGAAUCAUCGCCUCGAAGAGGUGCGAUCACGUCAGCAUCCAGAACAACCACGUGCACGACAACGGCCACAUCAACGAGGCCGGCCAGCGCACGGGCAACGGCAUCAUGCUCCACCGCAGCUCUGACUACGGCACGGUUAAGAACAACGUCAUCCACGACAACAUGGACUCGGGCGUUGCCCUGUACGAGAGCUCGUACUGCGCGGUCUCGGACAACAAGAUCUACGGCAACAAGAACGGCAUCCGUAUGUCGCUGGGCUCCUCCGACAACCUCUUGUACGAGAACGACAUCAUCAUCAACGGUCCCGAUGCUAAGUACGCCAUCUACCUCUACCAGGGCAACGACAUCCCAGACGUCUCCGACGGCAGGCCGAGGAACAACCACAUCUUCGACAACAGCCUCGUCAGCGACAACGAGGUGGUGAAGAUGCUCAACUCCGACGACACCGCUUUCGAGGGCAACGUGGUCUACGGCAGAGUGUCCCGGUUCAAGGACUCGUUCAACACCCUCUGGAAGAGCAACUUUGUGGAGGACGGCAUCCACGACUACAAGCUCGAGCUCAACUCUUGCUUCGACCCGGAGAGCGACAUCGAGGAGCCCGACACGUACGAGGAUGUAGCGGCCAUGGAGGAGGAAGAGGCGACCACCUACUCUUACUCGUACUCGUACGAUUUCGACGUCUCUGAGAGCGGUUUCUUCUGUGCAUGAUGACAGCGGUUUCUUCUGUGUAUGAUGAUGAUCCAUCAUCAUGAGUUAGGGCAGAGGACAUCAGAGUUAUGCCGUGCUUCUGUUCUUUUUUAUGAAGCAUGGCAUUCCGAAGAGAGUAGAAAAAGCGGCUAAUAGAAGGGGGAAAACAAUCUUGGUUUUGUUUUUUUUUCCUUGCGGUCAUAUGUAGCUGCUGCAAG